UUAUAAAUAAAAAUUUUGUUUUGGGAUCUAAUUUUGCAAAUUAGGUUGCUAAAAAUGUUGUAUAUCGCAGGAUUUAAUUCAUCAUUAUUGUUCCUCUUAAGGCCUACAUAGUAUACAACAAUAAUUCAUCUUGUGUGAUUAUAGAGACAUAUUGUGAUUAUUGUAAAUAAUUGAAAAAUAAAUUAAAAUGGUUCAAACUGCUACAAAUGAAACUGAUUGCAAAGAUGAUAAUGGAAAUGUUGGAAAUGAUGAGAGUGGGGGGAGUAACACUGAUGAUAUUAAAAAUGAUGACAAUGAAGAUAGUGGAAGCGCUAGACUUUGUGCCAAGAAGAAAAACUGUUCAAAGAAGUUGAAACACUGUGGCCCUUGCGAUAAAAAACGCCUUGUUUUGACUCAUUUUUGGAAGAAGUCUUCUGUUCAUAUUGCACGCAACAUAAAGAAGUUAAAAAUACAACACCAGUCUUUGUCUGAACAAAAUGCAAAAAGAGUUUCUGAUAUGGUCCUCCUGAAUGCCAAUAUAGGUGAAAUGCAGAAAAAAGAGGUGGAGUGUCAAUCCAGUGUUGAAGACUUGAGGAAUGAGGUUCAAGAGAUUAGUGACAGAAAACAAUACCAAGAGGCGGAACUUAAAGAAUGCCAGGAGGAAUUUGAAAAGGUAAAAUUGCUGAUUGAGCAGAAAGGUUAUGCAAGGAAAAGACGUGAAAAUUUGCCAACAACAUCUGACAUGAUUAAUUCUUCCACACAUUCUGUAAAAUAUAGACGUCGGGAAGAGACGAAAAGUCUACUCGAAUAUAUUCAUGGUGGAAAAAUCGGUUCCCUUUAUGGUGCUUGGGACUACCUAAGAAGUACAGCAAGUAAGGAGCAAAUGGAGGAGUUCAUUUUAUCAUACAAGAGAGGAAAAUUCCUUGAAAAUCUUAUUGGAAAAUUCUCUGAACUUCAAUCUAGAAGUGAAGGUGGGAUUCGAAAGGCAGUGUUAACAAAGUAUUUUAAUUAUAUGUCACGAAGAAAGUACACAAUGCUUUGUAAGAUACAAAAACAUUCUUUCACAGAACAUUAUUCUUCAAGUAAUUUGAUUUCAUACGGCGAUCAUAACAUCUUGCUGAGAACAAGAUCUGUAUCUGAUAGGACAAUUGAUUCUUUUGUAAAAUCUUUGGAUAUAGGAGACAUCCAUCAUGUUGAAGGUGGGGUAUCACGUACAGUUACUGCUUUAGUAACAAUGAUUGCCGAUUUAAAUUUAAGAGUUAAGUCUUUAAAAGAUAAAUUACUUUGGUUCAAUGGUAAUACAAACCAUUUUGUCAUUGAAUUUGCAGAUGAUGGUGCACCAGAGUCGAAAGACAAAACAAUGACAAUUGCCACCCUCUCCUUGUGGAAUUAUGGAGCUCGUAUACGCAGUCGCGAGUUUCAUUAUCCUCUUCACAUGGUGACUGCCCCUGAAAAACAUGAAGUUUGUGAACAGCUUUGGAAGCAGCAUACUGAAGAAAUGCAACUGAUUGAAGGGACCUCGGGAGAUGAGGUUACACAGGAUUACCUAACCAGUUACAAAAUGGUACUGUUACCUAAUAGGGUCCUGUACGUAAGUACGGCCCCACAAUCGAUCAAGUUUUAUAUAGGGAAACGUUUUUACCCGAUGAAAGAUUUUACCACGCUAAAUCAAGUCCAGUUUAGUGAAACUUUGAAAGUUUAUCAAGUCAAACCAUCGGUUAUUGGGAUCAAGAGACGAUCUUUUUCUUUGAUCAUCAAAGAAAAAGAUGCCACUCACUGCAUUUUGAUUUUUGAAAGCAUGAAAGAUCUUUUUCUAGUUUUUCUUCCAUGUCGAGAGUGUGUUGGGAGACGACGGCGACGUCUCCGUCUUGAAAAAAGAGCAGCUAAAAAAACGCGUAUGUACGCACGUCAUAAAGUUGAAGAUAUUCGUGAAUCUUGGGCUUUAUCUUAUAAUAUUAUCUUUAAACUUGCUCUAAAGAUAAUUAUUUUCUUGACGGGUAUACAAUAA